ACUGAAGGCAGCGCUCCAGUGUUCAUAUGACGAACCACCGUCAAACAUGGCGUAUGGCUGAAAGUGCGAAGAAGGUUGAGUGUUUCUUCGAGUGCGAUAAAGUGUGAUUUUUUGGUGAAAAAGUAAGACCAAUUGUGACUUUGCACGGUGCUGAGGUGUUUACAAGUACACCUGUGCAAAAAUGUCGGAACUUGAGGUGGUGGAAAACAUCGAAAAGGGCCAUUUUUCAGGGAAGGAAAAUGACGUCGAACCUCCCUGCUUGAGAACAAUGACGACGACUGACGAGACAUCAGUGGCGCACAAUGGAACUUCACAGCAACAACAACAAGUUGGCGCGUCUGUGUUGGUGUCUCCGGAGGUUUCAGGGAAUGCCGAGGGUGUCGCUGCUGUGGGCGAGGGAGCUUCCGGUGGCGGGAAUCAGGCUAGUGGAGGGAGUGAACGGCCGAAGGGGAAGAGGAAGUGUCGUAGGGGGCGCGCAAAGGCAAAGAGGAACAAUACCCACGUUAAGCCAUACGCCUGGAAACUUCCUGUGGCCACCAGGCGCUCAGCUGCCAGUCACAUUCGCAGCUCCAUCGUGCCAUACAACACCAAUAAGUUCCUCAUGGAGGACCAUAUGCAGGAAAUGCAGACGCCCAAGGGACGCCAGAGAGAUUCCAGCUUCUCCGUGGACUCCGACGAGAACUAUUUCUGCAGCCUCCCGGAGGACGAAGAGGAGUUCCUCACAAAAGAAUUCAGCAGUGUCUAUGAGAAUGCUAAAUGCGAACGCCUCGAUGGCUUGACCAAACCCCAACUCAUCCAGGAAUACCUCCAGCUGGAGGCAAACUUUGAGAUGGUGAGCAAGAGACUCACCAGGGAAACCAACCAGAGACAUGCCGAUGCCAAAGAACAAAUGCUGCAGCGCAACAAUUAUGAGUUUCAGAACAGAAUCCGCAGUCUCGAGGAGCAAAUUGACAGGCUAACAGAGGAUAACAUAGAUCUCAGUCGGCAACUGGAGUUCUACCGAAGUAAUGCCCCUCCGCCAGCUUCGGCAGGAAUGAUAUGCUCGAGCAGUGAAGACAGUGAGAGUGACAGUUCAUCCAGCAGCAGUUCCAGCAGUAGCUCCAGCUCAGACGACCAGAAUACCAUGCACUGUGAUGAGGAUGACGAGGCCACAGCAGCAUCCAAGGCCCCACUCUGCAAUGGCUACUCACAUUCCCUGUCACCGCCACAGUUCAAUGGAGAGCAUCACAAUGGGCUGUCGCCCAAUCCUCAGUCACCCCAGCAGUACAAUCCCCUUUCGCCGCGUGGCUGAAAUUCCUUCCCAUCCCUCUCAAUCCCGGACAAACAGCAAACCCUAUGCUUUUCUCCCACAAACACGGGAGGAGAUUUUCCACGUCGGAUACUCCUCCAUCUCCCAGGGAUCUCUGUUCAAUUCCCCUCUUUCCCCCUACACACAAACACUCCCCCCUCGAAAUGCCCAAGAGAUAUGUGAAUGAAACAAUUGAUAAUAAAAUUGCUUAAAUUUUCUAAAGAAAA